GAAGGCGGGGCUGUGCUCUGCAGGUGGGGGCUGUUCUUCCAGGGCAGACGUCCUCCGUGUGGAUCACUGCCCUGAGCCGGGAAGGAAGCCAAACGCCAUCUCACUGGACACUGCUUCCUCUCCUCCGUGCCCCAUUGCAGAUCUCCGGUGUGGUGCAGGGAGAGAGUCCAGCCCUGACAGCUGGAGCCCCAGGGUCUUCAGCUGGCCAGCGUCUCACCCCCAGGGAAGGAUCUCCACAGGGAAGCCUGGUGUGUGCACCAAACCUUCAUCUGCUCCCGCACUGCCCGGUGCUCUCUGCUUCCAGACCCAGCGCUCUUCCCGGAGUGGCUUCUUGGCCUUAGAGACAGCGUUCCCUUAGACCUGCAGCAGCUGCGGACAGAAAUGGACUCACUGUUUGCCGAGGAUGUGGCCGUGGUCUUCAGCCAGGAGGAGUGGGCUCUGCUGGACCUUGCCCAGAAGAAGCUCUACAGGGAAGUGAUGAUGGAGACUUUGAGGAACCUGGCCUCCGUGGUCUCUCAGAACGUCAGUGACGAGAGGACGGGGCAGCUCACCCGGAACAACACCUGGUUCUCCAUGUUGGUGGGAAGCUCGGACUCAAACGACAGCCCAGAUGACAGCCCAAACCAAGGACGAUAUUUCGGAAAUCACACAGUAGAGAACCUCCUGGAGCAUCGUGAUGGCAAUCAGUAUUGGAAAACCCCGAGCUGGAUUCCACAUCUCAGUGAAACACGAGAUCCUGCAGAUCUUGACGGCCGUGAGUCUGGGAAAGACUUCAGGGACCCCUCGUCCCGCAGUCGUCUCAUGAGACCCCACAGUGGACGGCACACCUGCCCAGACCAGGAAGGUGGAGAAGGAGGCCGUUGUCAGCCUCACCCAGCCACUCCUGGGAGAACUGUUAAAAGGAAGAAGUCGCAUAAGUGUAAGGUAUGGGGGGAGGAUUUCCUUUGCAUCUCGGCCCUUAGGAACCCUGUGACGGCACUCACUGAGGAGAAGUGCUUCAUCUGUAACAAGUGCGGACAGGAUUUCUGUACUUUCUCCUCCUUCUGGACCCACUUAAGUGACCAUCAGUGUGAUUGUAAAAAAUGCUCUAAAGCCCGUAGCCCUUUGUCCAUUUUGCGUAAAAAGGUGCAUAAGAGAAAUGAGCCUUAUGAGUGUAGAGAGUGUGGAAAAACCUUUAAUUAUUUCUCAGCCCUCAGUUCGCAUCACAGGAUCCACACGUUAGAGAAACCUUACGAAUGUAAAGUCUGCGGGAAAGCCUUCAGCUUCUCCUCCUCUUUCACCACACACAUACGCACCCACAGCGGAGAGAGGCCGUACGAGUGUCAGGAAUGCGGGAAAACCUUCAUCCAGGCAGCGCACCUCACGACACACAAGCGCACCCACAGCGGGGAGAGGCCGUAUGGGUGUGAGGACUGUGGAAAGGCCUUCAGACAGCCCUCAAACCUCAACACCCACCGGCGGACACACAGCGGAGAGAGGCCGUACGAGUGUCAGGACUGCGGGAAAGUGUUCAGCUGCUCCUCGUCCCUCACGAGACAUAAGCGGACCCACAGAAGAGGGAGGCCGUACGUGUGUAAGCAGUGUGGGAAAGCCUUUGCUCAGCUUGCCCACCUCACCUCCCAUAUACAGUCCCAUCAGGAAGAGACGCUCUCCGAGCGUAAAGACUGAGGACGCCCUUGACGGGUCCCUUACUCCGGGCUUACCACACACAAUACUCAAAAGGCCUCCGGGGUGUCAACAAUGUGGGAAAUUGUUCAGUUAUUCACCAGCCCUCAUCACACAUGAAAUAACUCAAAACAGACACAAACCUUAUGAAUCUAACGAAUGCAGGAAAAUCUUUAGUCAUGCCUCAGCCCUCACUAAACAUAUAGUAACUCACCGGGCAGAGGCCUUAUGAAAACCUUUAUGCCAUGUUCCUUCAACCUUCCCAGACACACAGAGUCCCACAGUGGAGAAAGGCCUGGUGAUUGUACAGAAUGUGGGUGAGCCUUCAGUCGUGCCUCAUCUCUAAUUUAGCCCCAAAGAAUUCACAGCUGAGUACGCCCUUGUCAAUGUAAGCAGCGUGGGACACCCUUUGGUUAAUCCUCACCCCUGACUGUGCACACAGCUCAAGUGCAGAUAAACCAUGUCAGUAAGGAACCUGGAAGAGCCUUCUGUUGUUUCUCAGGCCUCACUGGGCAUAAGAACUAAGAGGCCUUCUACUUGUAAGGGUUGUGGGAAAGGCUCUAGUCAUCCUUCAAUCCUUACUGCACAAAGGACUUAAACAGUGUUAGGAGGCCUUAGAAAUGUAGGAAAGGGUUUUGUCGGGUGCACUCCCUCACUGCAUAUGCAGACUCACAGUGGAGAGGCCUUGUGGAUGCAAGGCAUGUAGCAAGGCUGAGGCUGCACAUCUCAUUUCACCUGUAAGAACAUGUGGUUGAGACGCACCAGGUCAAAAGUGGGAUAUGUCAUCCUUGCGGCUAGAGUUUCAAACAGCACAUUUUCAAAGGCCUUCUGUACGGGAGAGAAACAAGCAAACAAAACACAGUAAGAAAACAUCAUUCACUAAGAGAAGGGGUCAUAGAGGUGCUCUGUGACCUUUGGGGGAAGGCAGUUUCAUUAUAACUCUGAGACUGCCUUCCGAAGUGUGAGUUACAAGUGCAAGAAACAUUGUAGCUUUCUUAAAGGCUUUGGCUACUGAAAUACAGCUGCCAAGGAAUACACUUAAAAAUAUUUGUGUGUGGGUGUGUGCGCGCACGUGUGUUUAAAUGUUUGCGUUAAUGCUGUGUGCCUAUAAUUAAGUACACCCCCAGUAUUUGGUGAAAUAGUGUUUUGUUGGUUUUGUAUUUAACACACUUCCUUCUUAUUGUAAACGUAUUUUUUUGUAAUUAGUAAGUUGCUCGAAGAGCAGUACAUGAGCCUGUAAAUAUUUUGCUUUCCGUUGUACUCUGACCUAGUAGCUUUAGUAUCUAUUGAUAAGUGUUAGCUCUGAUGACAAUACUGUGCUACGUACCAAGUGAUAGUUCCUGUACCUGUCAUUUCUUCUUUGUGUAUUAGUUGUGUUGAUGCUAGAAGUAACUUUCCUUUCUUUACCCUUUAUUUAUUAAAUGUUUAUACCACUACAGACAGUCCCCAGAAUAAGAACAAGUUCUGUUCCUAAGUUUUUCUAUUAAGUCUAACGUGUCUGUACGUCAUUGUUGUGGGUUGAAUUGUGCCCCACAAAACUUUGUGUCGACUUGGCUGUGAUGCGAUACAUCGUGUGAUGUGGUGGUUCUCUGUUUUGUAAAUCUGAUGUAAUUAUCCUCCAUUUAGUGAUGUAUUGUAAAUCUUAGAGUAUACCUGUCUUAAUAGUAGUGAGUUGUUCGUUUUGCUAAUUACGGAGGAUUAAGGUGUGUUAUAUAUUGUCUCCCCGCUUUCCUAGGGGUAUGACUCAAAUCAUGCCCUUGCCUGAGUCACCCUUUAUCUUACAAGAAUUAUUAGGAGAGAGAAGCAGGCAGAGAUGGGAACCUCAUCCCUGCAAAGAAAGAAGAGCCCGAGUGGAGCCCGAGCAUUGGACUCAGGGUAACCGAGCUGAGAACCUCCUAGACCCAGGAGGAGUGCGUUGUAACACUACCUUGAGUAUUCUUGACCUUGGAUUUUAACUAGUUUUGCCAAGACAUGUUGAGAUCUCCAAGAGAUGCUAGUCCCUGCACAUGGUGGACACAG